AUGGAUUCCCAGGAGAUCAAAGAGCUGCAGCAAGAAGUGAUGGAGGAGCUGGGAAUCUCCAUGGAGGAGCUCCAGGAUAUCAUCGACAAAGAGCUGGAGAAGUUUGAGUGCGUGAAGCAGAGGAAGCAGCAGCUGGAGGAGCUGGAGGAGUGCGUGAAGCGGAAGGAAGAAGAGGUGGCUCACGUUGACCGGCUCUUUGAUGACGCUUCGAGAGAAAUUAAUGAAUGCGAGGCGUUGGUGAAGAAUCUGUACUCCACGCUGGGCCUCCAGUAUCGUGAGAGCAGCUCUGAGGACGAGGAUGUGGCUGCCAAGGCCCCGGAAGUGAUUGAGAUCCCUGAUGAGGAUGACGACGAUGUCAUGAGUAUCGAUUUGGGCUGGAAGCACAGUUCAGUACCUUCUUGUGCUGCGUGGUACCGAGGGGAGGGAUGGAGAUCUGAGCGUCUGCGGGAAGCCAUGGCUGCAAUGAGGAAGUCUGCCCAGGAUGUUCAGAAAUUUAUGGAUGCUGUGAACAAGAAAACAAAUGCUCAGUAUGCACAAAAAGAUUUUACUAAAACUGUGAUGCAGUCUUAA